AAAUCUUAAGAUAUUUAAUGUAAACUUGUUGAGAUUGCUUCAUUACUUGAAGCUUUGUUGUAAUUUGGUUUUUGGUUUUUUUAUUACUCCUUCAGAUUUGUCUAUAUAUACUAACUUGCACCGGGAUAGGCUAUAGAUGCUUCCAGACACUAGACCAAAGCACCGGAUUCUGCAGGUAAUGCUGAUAUUAUCAUGAAACUAGAAGCUGCUGAAGCCGAGCUUCAGGAGCUGCAGUCUAGCGUUGCAAUAUUGGGAAAAGAAGCUAGUGCAGCUAUGGCUGCUGUUGAAGGUCAACAACAAAGAUUGACUCUUCAGCGGCUUCUUGCGAUGGUUGAAGCAGAGCGCAACUACCAUCCAAACAUUCUUCAGAUACUUGAUCAGCUUGAAGGCGAGAUUUUGUCAGAAAAGCAGCGAAUUGAAGCAUCGCAUAGUCCGCCUACAGAGGACGCUAUGCCUCCACCACCAUCGUAUAAGGAUCUCAGCCGUAGCUUUGCUUCUGAAACCUAUGAUGAAUUGACAGAGUUGAGGGACUCUUUCUUAGGAGAGGUAAUGUACACCUUCCACACUGUAACUGAUGUGGAGUUAAGUUUGUCAUUCGGGGAUUACGUUGUCGUCCGGAAGGUUCUGUCAUCUUUCCUGCUUGCAUGCUUUCAUCUUAUAUUCAUGUUCGGAUUUAUUUCUUUCGUAUUGAGGUUAAAUUUUCAUGUUCAGAGACGUUCACUCAGGUAUGUUCGUCAAUGCAUAUGCAUUAGCACACCACCGAGUGUAUUAGAAUAUGGAUUUCAGUUUUGGGUGCUGCAUGCAUUAAUGUAGUUUGUGUGGUUUUGGUUAUUGCUGCCGCUGAGCGUGAGUGGCUUUCUGUAGUUGCUGAGAGUUAUAUUGUGAGCAUAAUUCAUACAGCAGCUUUCAUAUACGGCACAUGUAGUCGGCACUGCAUUUAGAAAGAGAAAGUUAUAUUUUCUUCACUGUCUAUUCAAAACUGUUGAUUGAUAAUAAUUGACUCAAGUGAAUGCCACAUCAUCUGCCACAUCAUCUGCCAUGUCAUUCAUAUUUCUGUUUUGAAACCUGUUGUUCCCUUGAUAGCCUUGAAUAUCACCAAUUCGGGAUCCUGCAUUUGAACUCUCUCCUUGUGAAUACCCGGAAUUCUGAUGACCACCUGUGACCUUAUCUCCUUGAACAUACAUUGCAGCCAUGCCACUUGCCAGCGUAGAGACCCUUGCUUCCAUAGCAGAUUCAACACCAAUCAACUGCGCUCUGAAAUCUUUCAGCGGAAUAGAAGUCUCCCUUGCUAAAACUACAGCCUUGACAAUAUCAAACUCCGGUGGUAAUCCAGAUAAAGCAGUAAUAACAAAAUCAUUAUCAGUAAUCCUCUCCCCUGCAGACACAAGCUGAUCCCGAAUGGCUUUCAACCGAAGCAAAUACUUGUCAAUAGAAUCACUGCCUUUUUGAAUUGUAUGAAACUCAAUUUUGAGUUGAUUAAUCCUAGCCCUGGACACAGACGCAUAGCGGUCUUGUAAAUUUAUCCAAGCUUCAUGAGACGUUUUACACCCUAUUACAUAUUCCAUAGCAUCAUCCGACAAAGUAGCAAUUAACAGACUCAAUAGGGCCAUAUCUUUCUGAACCCAAGAUUUAUAAGCUGCUGUGAUUUCUGUAGUCACUCCAUUCUCAGUGUUAACCACAAACUUUGGUGGACAAGGAGACUCACCAGUAAAGAAUUCAAAGAAAUCAUACCCUCGUAAAACCGACUGAAACUGAUAAUUCAACUUAACAAAAUUGUCAUCUUGCAACUUCACAGUCAACAUACCAAGCAAACUUUCAAUGCGUACUGAUUUAUCAGACAUCUUUAUCACAAAGUACUGACAAGAAAUCAAUCUCAAUCACAAAUAUGUUUAACUCCAAACUUCAACAAUGAUCACCUCUUCAAUAUAUUCUCACUACUUCUUGGCAUCGGCCUUCUAUAUGUAUAUACUUCAAAAGCUGAAAUUCCAGCAAUUUCGCAAAUGAACAACUGUAAUCAUAUCACACCACAACUAUAAUUCGUCUAUCUUCAACAAAUCUUGGCAUCAGCCUUAAUCAAAUCCAACACAUAACCCAUAUAUGAAAAACCAAAGAAAACAUUCCAAUUCACCAUAUAUCUUCACUGAAGCAAAAACGCAAACACUUGAUGUGCAAAGAAUAAGGAAAGAAACCAACAACUUGAUUGAAUGACCCUCAACCCAAAAUUCAUCAGCAAGCGUUCAAGCACUUCACCAAUCCUCCAAGAACUCCACCACAGCCUUCAACGAUCGAUCCCAAAGAAUUUCUCAGCGGAAGAAAAUACCCAAAAAAAAAAUCAACCUUGGCUCGAUACCAUCUUAACCAAGAAGAUCAGACUUGCAGAAAGAAAAAGAAAGAAACAAUACAGAGAAUAUAGAAGAAAACUUAGAAAGAAUAUGAAAGGUUUUGUAUUGAUAGAAUGAUAUUUUCUUACAAACAAUAAGCUGCAAUCAGCUUUUUAUAUCCCUAUAGUAGCCUAACUACCUUGCUUACUGUGUAAGCUACACAGCACCAUCCUAACUAACUUUCAACAGAAAUAUGAAUGACAUGGCAGAUGAUGUGGCAGAUGAUGUGGCCUUCACUUGAGUCAAUUAUUAUCAGUCAACAAAAACUUAUAUGUUGCAUGUUCUGGCUUUUAAAGUGAGUCGGCAUCAGAGUUUUUAUUUGAGAAAAAUCAGUUUUGUGUCCAUGUGUUUUCAAAGAAAAUAUUUUUGUUUUUAAUCACUGAUUUUUCAUUGUGCUUCAAUUAGAAAUCAAUUAUGAGAAUCUGCCUUGUGAUUUUCGUAAUUGGUUGAUUUCAAAAAAUCAUUACAUUUCAUACAUUCUGCAUGAUCGCGUUAGUAUCUUGCAAAGUUCGAGGACACAAUGAUUGACGGUCGCGUUAGUGUCGUGCCACUUUCACUUGAAGGCUGAAGAGAUCAAGUAGCAAAGCGCAAUGAAAAAAAUUGCCUACUAGUAUGUGGGUCUAGUUAAUGAGUUUUGUAAGUCUUUCCAUACUCAUUUCUCUUAUUGUUUGUUCUAGCUUAAGAGUCUGAGGAUUUUCUCAGUGGUGAGUUUUACCUUGUUUAAUUCUACAUCAUGUGUACACAUGUUAUUUGUCUUUUUAUUGCAAAUGUGUAGGAUAAUCUUUCA